UUGACCUCAGCAGCUACCACAGAGCCCACAUCACCAGACAGAAGCAAGACAUCUGCCAUCCCGAGGGACUUCCCGAGAAGAUUCGGCCUGUCCACGAGGAUUCCCUGGAACUUCUACAGAUGCACUACAGAAAGCAGAUAUGAAUAGGAGUUCAGAGGGAUAUGGAUCAACUGCGGGCAACUGGGACUAGCUCGGUGGGCACCGUGAUCGGCAUGGACAAGUUGGGCCGAAGGGCCUGCUUUCAUGCUGUAUGAUUCUGUAACAUCCUGAUGGGUUACAUCUCAGCCUGGUACAGCAACUGCUCUGCUCUGGACUGUCAGAACCUGAAGAGAGCGGUAAACACUGCCCAGUCCGUCACAGACUCCUCACUUCCUUCCGUCCAGUCCACCUUCACGGUGCGUUGCUUCAGGAAGGCCAACAGUAUCAUCAAGGAUGCCCAUCACCCUGGGCCAUUCCAUUUUCUCUCUUCUACCUUCUGGGAGAAGAUACAGGAGCUUGAAAGCCCAGAUGACCAGAAUCAAGAACAGCUUCUUCCCCACGGUGGUCAGACUUCUGACCCAAUCACCUCUCUCACAUCCCCUUCCCGCCACGUUCUCAGACUCUUAAUUCUACCUCUUCCAUCAUUGUCACUUUAGCAUUUCUUUUUGCACUCUUACUUUGCCGACCAUACUUUGCACCAUUAUCACCAGGUACACUGUUUACUCUCUGAGCUUCACGUGAGCAAGGAACUUAACAGCAGCCCAGUAUAUAUGACAAUAAACUAAACUAACUAGCUAGAGAACAGUUUUCUAUUGAGUGCUGCCGCUCUGGAAAUGUUAAGGUGACCCUCACACUGAAUCUAACACCCAGCACAGAGGGGCUGUGGAGAGUAAACUAUUCCCUUGUGUCGCUUCCAUCAGGGGACGCUCUCUGAUCUGUGGGACAACUUGCUCUGAGCGGUAGAGAUAGGGUAGGAGGAAAGGUUAAGAUAAUAGUUAUGUUAACCCGGAUAUUAGGCCAAGGGUGAAAAGUUAGGAUAAUACGGAAGGAUAGGUGUUGGUACCCCUGCGCUGCCAAAUUGUGCAGUUUCCCACCGUCAACAACGUUUGAAGCAGAUUUUGCUAAAUUAACAAUUUUAGGCACCUACCCACACACUUGCAGAGAUUUGCAAUCAAAAGACAUUUUAUCAGCGAUCGUUAAAAAGUAACUUCCACCGAGCACUCCCCAUAACUUGAGGGCAUCAAGUCUCCCGAGUACUAAACCGCUAAAAUACUGGGAACACUGGUGUCCAAUAUUCGGUGUAAGCUCCCCGGGUCUGAUGUCUCCUUCCUGAAAUGAUUACGAUUCCCUCCCCUUCUUCGAUGGCGUGUUACUGUCAGCGCCGCCGGCAAUGGAGGAUAAUAGAAGUCAGUCUCUCUGCACUGGUAUGUUGAAAUCCUGUUUGAGGAGAGACCAGUUGUUUUUUUUCGUAUGAAGCUUCUCUUGCUAGUUAUAGUUUCUCACUGAGAGCGGAUAUAUCCCGGAACAUGGCUGGUGAGACACUUCAGUGAGAGUGACGCCCCGUGAUAAGUUCUGAGGAAGAACCGACUAAGCGUCCUGUAGCAUUGUAGAGAGAAGAGAGAGAGAGACAGACGGACAGAGAACGCACUGGGAUCCAAGCACCGGAGGUUCCAUCUAUAAGAAGCCAGAUCCUCUCUGCAAGAACCCAGCAGUAACUUCACCAGAUAUCCCCAUCACCUGGGAAUGCGUUGGAUCAUCUGCUGAAUAUUUCGUGAUGUGCUUAUUCUUGGAUGGAUGUGUGAGAUCCCAUCAACCAUGAGAGAAAGGCAUAGGCUGGAAGACAAUGGCAUCCUGCUCUGUCAACAAGGACUUUGAGACCUACUAUCUGCCCGUCAUGUACAUUAUUGUCUUUGUCACCGGAUUCAUCGGCAAUAGUAUUGCCCUCUGGAUGUUCAUAUUUCACAUGAGACCUUGGAGCAGCAUCACCAUCUACAUGUUCAACCUCGCCCUGGCGGACUUCUUCUACGUCUUCUCCCUGCCCGUUUUGAUAUUUUAUUAUCUCAAGGAAAGCGACUGGAUCUUCGGCGAGGUCCUGUGCAAACUGCAGCGGUUUAUAUUCCAUGUGAACUUGUACGGCAGCAUCUUAUUCCUGACCUGCAUCAGCGUCCACAGGUACAUGGGGGUUGUCCACCCCAUGAAGUCACUGGGCAGGCUGAAGAAGAAGUCGGCCGUCAUUGUCUGCGUGUGUGUGUGGAUUGUCGUAAUGGCCGGCAUCUCCCCGAUAUUGUUCUUCUCCAGAGCACGUCAGCACACCAGUGGUACGAACAACUCCAGGCUACACCCGGACACCAAUAGAACCACGUGUUAUGACACAACUUCUAAGGAACUCUUGCACACGUACUUCAUCUACAGCAUGGGUACUACCUUCUUUGGAUUCUGUAUCCCCUUCGCCACCAUCUUGGUCUGUUAUGGUUUCAUAGUGAAGGCGCUGAUAUGUAACAAGAUGAGAUCUCCCUUCCGGGGCAAGUCCGUACGUCUGGUCAUCAUUGUGUUGGCCGUCUUUGCUAUCUCCUACCUGCCUUUCCACGUGAUGAAGAACCUGAACCUUCAGUCCAGACUUUAUUACCAAGGGAUAGACACAUGCGAGUGGAACAGAAGGGUCUACGCCAUGUAUCAAGUGACCAGGGGUCUCGCCAGUCUCAACAGUUGUGUGGACCCCAUCCUGUACUUUCUGGCUGGUGACACCUUCAGGAGAAAAUUUUCAACCACAGCCUUGAGAGUGGCAUGUCGGAAUGAGACCAUUGUGUAGGAAUUUUCUGGACACAAUAACUCAGUCAUAGGACGUUGGUUAAUCUACAACAUGCAUUUAUAUAGCGUCUUUCACACAUUAAAAAAUGUCUCAGCUCACUUCCCUGGUGAGUUGUCAGAGAAAACAGGAAUAGGAUGGGAUAUUGGGAGGGUGUCGAAAAGCUUGGUCAAUUUGGUAGGGUUUAGUCAUGGUUGCUAAUGGUAGCAGUGACGGUGCAAAAGAGAAGACGAAAGAACUUGUAGCAUUCUGGAGUGGGAUGAUGUUGCAGGGAGAAGAGACCAACAGAACAAGCCAGAUACAAAGCUGAGAAUUGGAAAUGAGGUGUUCUUGGAUCAGGGGGCAACACAGAUAAGGAAGGACAAGUGAUUUUGGCGUGUAUAGUUGAAUUUUACAGUCAGGAUUGGGGAUGAACUGCAGGUUAUGGCGUUUGAUAGGCUUGGUGAAUUUUAGUUGAAAUGAGUUUUCUCAGGCAGAGAGACGAAUAAAUGCGCUUGAAGACUUUACACAAUGCGUUAACAUAUUACCAGAAAGCUAAAGAAUGGAGAAGCCUACACUUAAACAUUCUAAAUAUUCAGCCACUAAUGCAAUUAUGAUUUUCCUUUUAUGAGUGUGACAUUAUAGCUAGGGUAAACGGAAAUUUGCUUCCUUGAGCAGAGAGCUCUGUAACCAGGAGGCAAAGACUGAAACUAAUCAUUUAAUUAAUUAAUUAAAUUGAGGAUUAGAAGGGAGUUGAGAAGAAAUGGUUUCACUCUGGAUCUCAUUGGUUGAAAGAGUGGAGGAGUAGAAACACUCAGCACAUUUAAAAUGUACCUGGGCAAAGAUUUAGAUUUGACAAGGUUCUGGGCCACUUACGGAGAAGUAGGAUUGACCUCAAGUCCAGUAUUUGUCUGAAUGUCCUCUUUCUGUGCUGUAACUUUCAACGAGUAUUUGAAUGUAUGUUGUUCUUGGCUGUCACCUCAGCAGAAUUGUAACAGACAAUCUGCUGGAGGAACUCAAGUGGGGGUCGAGCAGCAUCUGUGGGAGGAAAGGUACAGUCGAUGUUUUGGGUCGAAACUCUUCAUCGGGACCUGAAAGGUCAACAAUUCCUUUCCUCUCACAGAUGCUGCUCAACUCACUGAGUUCCUCCAGCAGAUUGUUUGUUGCUUGGAUUCUACUCUUGUGUUCCCAAGCUGAACAGUGACUGAACAUUACACCACUGAAAGUAUCUUCAGCAUGAGAUGUUAAACUCUAGCUCAGGUGACUAGACCUGAAAAGGAUCAGGGUAAUUAUCUCCGCUCUCUUGACCAGUAUUAAGCAUCCAACCCACAUCACUUAUGCAGAUUAUUUGUCUAUUAUUACAGUGCUGUUUGUGGGAAACUGCUGCAGAACUUUAGCUGAAAUAUCUCCCAACAUUACAACAGUAUUUCACUCCUGGAAAAUGACCUGAUGCUGUGAAACAUUCUCUGGAAAUGCAAGCUACUUAUUUCUUUUAGAAUGGAUAAUCAACUUCCUAUUGCACUAAAAUUCCAAAAUUGGAACAUUAUUUCUCUCCUCUUCUGGUAUUUCAGAUUUGAAUUAUUAACUCCUGCUUAAACCUCCUCCAGGCACCUCCCUCUGUCAGACCUCCACAUGGGUCAGUAAAUCUCUUGUGGUCUGCACUCAAUCAUAGAUGUUCCCAUUUUUGACCUUUUUGUCCUUCCCCACUUCUCUGCAAACUGAAACAUUUCACUUCUGUCUUCUCCCAGAUAGACAGGGUGGUGAAGAAGGCGUUAAGCAUGCUGGCCUUCAUCAGUCAGGGCACUGGGUGUAGGAGUUGGGACAUUAUGUUGCAGUUGUAUAAGUCAUUGGUGAGGCUGCACUUGGAGUACUGUGUACAGUUUUGGUCACCCUGUUAUAGGAAAGAUGUGGUUAAACUGGAAAGAGUGCAGAAAGGAUUUACGAGGAUGUUGCCAGGACUAGAGGUCCUGAGUUGUAAGGGAAGGUUGGCCAGGCCAGGUUAUUCCUUGGAAUGUGGGAGAAUGAGGGGUGACCUCAUAGAGAUGUUUAAAAUUAUGAGAGGCACAGAUAAGGUGGAUGGUAACAGUAUUUUUUCAGGGUAGGGGAGCCCAAAACUAGGGCAUAGAUUUAGGGUGAGAGGGGAAAUAUUUAAAAGGGACCUGAGGGGCAACUUUUUCACACAGAGAGUGGUGAGUAUAUGGAACAAGCUGCCAGAGGAAGUGGCUGAGGCAGGUACAACUGUAUAAUUUAGGAGGCACUUGGAUAGAUACAUGGAGGGGCGGAGCUUAGACAGUUAUGGGCCAACAUCAGGAAAUUGGGACCAACUGGGUGGGCACCAUGGUCGGCAUGGACUGGUUGGGCCGAAGGGUCUGUAUCUGUGCUGUAUUGCUCUAUAACUCUUUGACUCUAUAAGUACAUUGAGGUAGUACAAAAGAAGAAUUAAAAAACAGAAUGGAGAAUAUGCUGUUACAUUUACAGGGAAAGUGCAGUGCAGGUAGACAAUAAGAUGUAAGGCCAUAACGAGGUAGAUCGAGAGAUCAAGAGUUCAUCAUGAUCGUACUAGAUCUAUGACCUCACAUCAACACCAUAAUUGUCGGGUUUGUUUUGAAUAUCAGCACAUUCUGGGAAAGGCUUGCUUGAUUCUUUGAUAUUUGUUGUGUUGUAUGUCAUUCACAGCUUCAGAUGGAAAAGACUCCUUGCACUAGGACAAGUGAUUAAAGUUUAUUUUACCUAGUUCUUUAAGAUGCAAAUCCCCUCUUAAAUUGAGAGCUACUAAGAACUGUAUGCCUCUGGUUACUGCUCCGUUCUUCGCUAAUGGAACCUGGUUAAUAUGUGAGCUCUACUAGUGGAAUCUGUUAACUGCAUGGACAGUUACUAAUGGAAACUAGUUACUGAUUUGAACUCCACCAUUGGAACCAGGUCACUCUGCUCUGUUUUGUAUCUGGUUACUGCUGUGUGUUCGACUGGCGGAACCUAGUUGUUGUGCUUCAUCCUGUGGUGGACCAUGGUCACUGUGAUGUGGUCCACUGAGGGAAACUGGUUAAUGUUCUGUUUCCCACUCAUGGAACCUGGUUGCUGCACCGUGCUCCACUUUCUAUAUGGUUACAGCUCUGUACUCCAUGAUUCACUUUGUGCACAAUGCGUUAGGAGAGGGUGUCACACCAGAGCUUUAAGUGUGAGCAAGCAAACAGAUCCCAGGCAGACCAGAGGGAACAUGUAGGAGUCCUCUGAGCCAAUCUCACUCUCAGACUGAUAUUUCCAUUUGGAUACUAUUGGGGGUUUUAGUUUGUGGCACCAUGAGUGUCUCAGCUGCAGAGAUUUUCUUGUCAAGGGGCCUUUGGGGAAGAGUGUUCAUAAUAUGAAAGAAUUUUCCACCAAAUGUGAAACUGAUGUAGUUCAAUGCAAAACCUGGGUCUUGAAUCCCGAAAUAAACAUGAAAGUAUG